GCCUCCCAAGCGAGCGCUGCUGCUGCUGCUGAUGUCACGAGCAGCGCCAGUCGGUCCGGCGGAGCUGAGGACGGGUGAUGGCGACCGUCGGAGCCUCUCCGUUACGGUCCGUUUGACGGAGAAUAAAAACCAGAAAGAGCCACAGUUCUCUCCGGAAGCCGCCUCCGCCAUGGAAGCUCCCGUGUUUCCCGACCAGAGCCAGCUGCUGCUGUUCCUCCGGAGGCUCAAGGAGGUCUUCGACGUCUGUGACGAGGAUGCCGACGGCUUCAUCCGGGUGGAGCACUUGGUGGACCUCGGUCUCCAGUUCGGUCAAGGAGAUGAGGUGAAGAAGUUGACUAAGUACUUGGAUCCGAAUGCUCACGGGAAAAUCAACUUCAAAGACUUUUGUCAUGGAGUGUUUGCUAUCAAAGGCUGUGAGGAAAUCCUGAAGAUGGCUGUGGGUCCUCGUGGUCUGACCUCCCGCCAGCCGUCUGUCACUGAUAACGGCUACAUUUACCAGAACGGCGAGGCUAAGCUGGGCCCUCCCAUCAUCAUGUGUACGCGAUCCUACCCAGAAUGCACUGAGGGCUGUGGGGCUGAUGGAGAGUGUGACAUGGACAGCAGCGCUGAAAACACCAACAGCUCUGACUCACUGCACCCGACACGACAAGACAGACACCUGAACGGCUCAGCGUCUGCAUCCGUCGUCUCCGGGGAGGAGCAGUUUGAAGACUAUGGCGAGGGAGAGGAUGUAGAUUUUACUCCCAGCAGCCCUUGCCCUGAAGAAGACACCAGAACAAAUGGCUUCACUGACAUGGGAUCCUCGCUUCCCUCAAGUGCGGGGCAGACUCCUCAGAAGAUGAGGCAGCUCUAUAACAGUGAGCUGCUGGACAUCUACUGCUCUCAGUGCUGCAAGAAGGUCAAUCUGCUCAACGACCUGGAGGCUCGACUCAGAAACCUCAAGGCCAACAGUCCCAACAGAAAGAUUUCCAGCACAGCAUUUGGCCGCCAGCUGUUCCAGGCCAACCACAGCGUGUUCGGGUCCAGUCAGGGCAGCAGCACAGAGGAUCUGUUCACCGACAGCAUCGACUCCUGCGACCUCGACAUCACAGAAAAAGUCAGCUACCUGGAGAAGAAGGUGACGGAGUUGGAAAGCGACAGUCUGGCCAACGGGGACCUGAAGUCUAAACUGAAACAGGAGAACACACAACUGGUGCACAGGGUCCAUGAGCUGGAGGAGCAGGUGAAGGAUGCAGAGACGAAGGCAGAUCAGAGUCUGGACGAGGAGAUGAAGAGGCACCGGGAAGCUUUCAGCAAGAUGGAGAGAGACAGAAACACCGAGAUAGACCUGCUCUGUAAUAGGGUACAGCAGUUAGAAGACGAGAACGGAGAAAUGAAGAUGAAUGUGUGCAGACUGAAGUCUCAGACCGAGAAGCUGGACCAGGAGAAGCAGAAGAUGACGGACAAGCUGGAGGACACCAGUCUGAGGCUGAAGGAUGAGAUGGAUCUGUACAGGAAGAUCAUGGACAAGCUCUGGCAAAACCGCCACGAGUUCCAGAAGGAGAAGGAGGCCAUGCAGGAGUUAAUUGAUGAUCUCCGCCGGGAGCUGGAGUAUCUGCAGCUGUUUAAGCUGGAGAUGGAGCAUCCUGGGAAGGGGAAGGGGCUGUCCGAGUUCAACGCCAGGACCAGGGAGAUCGAGAUGGAGCAUGAAGUGAAGAGGCUGAAGCAGGAGAACCACAAGCUGAGGGACCAGAACGACGACCUGAACGCUCAGAUCCUGAGCCUGAGUUUGUACGAAGCCAAGAACCUGUUUGCCUGUCAAACCAAGGCCCAGUGUCUGGCAGCCGAGAUCGACAACGCCUCCAGAGACGAGCUGGUGGAUGCUUUGAAGGAGCAGGAGGAGAUCAACCUUCGUCUGAGGCAGUACAUGGACAAAAUCAUUCUGGCCAUCCUGGACCACAACCCCUCCAUCCUGGAGAUCAAGAGUUAAACACACACACACACACACACACACUGGUAUUAGUGUAGCCGUGAUGAUCUACCGCUAUCCUACCAUCUGCUCACGUGUUGAAGUUGUAAUCCUUAAGAUUUCUGUCCUGAUUGAUGUGGUGACAUCUGUGAUUACUGGUGUAUUUAAACCUAUUUUACUGUUAAAAAUGCAGAUUACAAUGAUUUUUUCUAGAUGCAUUUUAUUGGUGUCAUUUUUUCAGUUUCACCAAUCAAAUGCCUUCAAUACAAACCACAAACAGUAGGACAUUAGCAUUAGCAGUGCCCUAAUACAGCUGCCAUUAUAAUCACUAAACAACCCUGGAUUACAUUCUGUAUAACUUCCCUGAAUCCCUCCUGCAUGUGAGGGCUGUUUGAAGGCAAAAUCCACCACCACCAAUAACACCUACAGUAUAGAGACGUAAUUACAGAGUAGAUACAGUAAAUGGUUUGAUACCUUGAAAAUUUUAAGGAUUGCAACCUCAAACUGGAGCUCAAACUCUGAAUGCCCCUGUGUUUAGUUAAAUAGCCACACACAUAUAUGUACAUCUGCACCAUCACAGCAGCUGGAGAAAACACCUGUUUAUGAGACAAUCUACCAGUCGUUUUCAGUGUUCUGUCCACCAGUGUUUAGUCACUGUUUACCGGGAAUGAACAAGAAGUGAGUACACACACAAAAAAAGUAUAUUUCACUUUAUUUCCUGUAGCCACAGUGCUAGUUGUUCAGUAGAGACUAUAGCUGGGCUGGACUGAGACAAACAUUAAAGCAGUGAAGGACGAAAAUCCAACACUAGCACCGUGUAGCGACUAAACGGCCUCCAGACGCACUCAUGUGAGCCUUUAGGUGGCGCUCACGCUCUCUGUGAUCAUUUGAUUGUGUUUCCGACCCUUUAAUUUGGCUGUUUGAACACAACAGAAUGUUUACACGAUAAAUAUACACUUUAUACGAUGUUUGAUCGACUUUCUGUAGCUGUCCAAGCGUUGGUGUCAGUAGCUAUGUGAAUCCUUUAAGGGAUAAUUCAGUGUUCUGUCAAACGCCUUGAACUUAAAUUCUUCUGAAGACUGCUCAUUAUAGAGGUCUUUAAAGGUGCCAAACGCCAAGAUUAUAUGCCAAAUCUUUAACAUGUCACUGUUUUCAUGCACUAAAAACCUUAAAUAGUAGUUGAAGGGGAUCUUAUUCUUCACAUACAGCUGGAUGUUUUACUUACAUAUCAGAAAAAUGCAACAAAUGUGCUCAUAUCUGUAAAAAAAAAAAAAUGGAGCAGAGGAGUUCUGUUUCCAUGUCAGCAGAGAGGAGUAGCAGAUGACUGGUUUCUAUGAGUUCAUUAAUCAUCUAAAAGGUGCCCCAUGGGGUUUUUAAACACUGGUAGUGCUGUUGAGCUGUUUCUAUAAGUGUUUGUUGUUCGUUUCAUACAUGGGAAAAGCAUGCGACCAGCAGCAUCACAUCUUCCCUCAGUUAGACUAAGACGACGUCUGACAGAAUGAGUAACACAGAAAACUGCUGGUAAACAAACAUGGAUGUAAACGGUAAUAAAUCAGACGUGUUCUGACGAAGGAAAUGCACUCAAUACAUCUGUUGGAUGUCAGUGAUUCACACAAUGUGUUUUGGUGACAAACUGUACUCUGAAUGUAAAUAUAAAUGUUUACAAGAAAGCCACACGGGGCACCUUUAACUUCAGUUCUACAUUCAGUUUAUUCUCCUUUAAACGCACAGAAAUGCGUGACAUCAGAUUUUACUGACAUGAUAAUGAGGAUCAUUGCCAAAUAGAAUUACUGUAUUAAACUUUAAGUGUUCUUCAGUAAACAGCAUCUAAAGCAGAGCCUCCACAAGACUAAAACUGGAAAAAAAACACUUUAUCUCUGCUGUCAAUUAUUCUCAACUAAUUUAAAUAUUGAACUUACAUAUUUUCUCACACAUACUAAACCCCCUGUGUGACCUAGAUAAGCUAGACACACCUGUCAGGUGUUAAACUGCUACAGAGCACUACAAUAUACAACACUGAAACUAGUUUUGCUUCGUUGCACAAAUUGUUCAUGUAGUGACUUUUUUCUUUUAUUUCUUUGGUUAUUCUUCCACAAGUUUUGUGCACUUGCAUACGAGGUAUGGGAAAAAAAAUUUAUUUAAGCAGCUCAGCUUUGAUUUAGAAGAUUUUGUCCGUUGUAAGUCAGCUUCAUUUUAUAUUUUUACUUUACGACACAGUAUUUGUGAUUUCAUACGUUGUAAAUGUUGUACAGAAUCUAGUUACACUGUUUAUGUGCAAGUCAUUCCGCUUAUUACUGAGAAUUUUGACACAGAAUCUGUGUAGAUUAUGGUAUAUAGUAUAGCACACUCGUGUCAUAGCCAAAGUAUAUUUACCUGGAACAGUGAUAUUAAACAUGGUGAGAAAAAAGAAAUCUGUCACAAUUCCCAUGUGUUCACUUUGAUUUGUUUAACUUGUGUACCACACAUGAUUUAUGGGUGACUAGAUGUGUAAAUAAAAUUCAUUUGCUUUGGCAUGACAAAGUCAA